UUUUGGCUCAGGAUAGCACCCCCCCACGCAAAGUCAAGCCGAAGCCGCCAUGUCGGUGCCGGGCUGAGAGCGGAUGCGACGCUUCCUCAAAGCUUUUCACACUGUGCAAUUCCAGUCGCAGAACUUCCAGCACAUCCUGCGUAUGUGCAACACCAACGUGGAUGGGCGACAGAAGGUGAUGUUUGCGCUGACCGCCAUCCGUGGCAUUGGCCGAAGAAUCUCAAACAUUGUGUGCAAGAAGUGCGACAUUGACCUGAACAAGCGCGCAGGCGAGCUCACGACGGAUGAGGUGAACAAGAUUGUGGCAGUGGUCAGCAAGCCUUUGGAGUUCAAGAUCCCGGCAUGGAUGCUGAACAGGCAGCGCGAUAACAAGGAGGGAAAGACGGCACAGAAGUAUGCCAACUUUCUGGAUCAGGCUCUCCGAGAGGACAUCGAGCGCAUGAAGCGCGUGCGGCUCCACCGUGGUUUGCGCCACUACUGGGGCAUCCGGGUCCGCGGACAGCACACCAAGACCACCGGCCGGCACCGCGCCUUCGCCUCCAUGGACGGGGGUGGCAAGAAGAAGUGAGAUUUGUGAGACAGCGCGAGAGCGUGGGCGGA